UGUCUUUUCUGAUGGCUAAUUCUGAGGAACAAGUGGUGGUGAAGGCCUUGGUGAAAUUCAUGGAAAAACUUGCACCAGAGAAUGGAUCAAAAAAUGCCAUGUGGGGUUGGAACCUCACUUCUGAUCCAUGCACUGAUCACUGGCAUGGUGUGAUCUGCUACUCAAACAACCAAUAUGUGAAGAACAUUAUUCUUGAGAAUCUCAAAUUCAGCGGGGUUGUUGAUGCGAAUUCUCUUUGCGUAGCGAAAAGUAUCCAAAUACUUAGCCUGAGGAACAACAAUUUGCAGGGUUUGAUAUCUGAGGAUAUAGGAAAUUGCAAGCUCUUGACUCACUUGCUCUUAAGUGGGAACCGAUUCUCCGGCGAUCUUCCUCUUUCUGUUGCUGAAUUGAAGAACUUGAAGCGGCUUCAUGUUAAUGACAACUACUUCACUGGACAGCUUCCUAACAUGGCUCGCAUUUCGAGCUUGAUAUCAUUUCUUGCUCAAAACAACAACUUCUCUGGUGAAAUUCCUGAUUUUCAGUUCUCGAAUCUCGAUGCAUUCAAUGUCUCCAACAACAAGUUAACUGGUCAAGUUCCUGAUGUCAGAGGAAGAUUUCAUGCAGAAAGCUUUUCUGGUAAUGCUAACUUGUGUGGAAAGCCACUUUCAAAGGCAUGUCCAAAUCCUCCACAAUCACAUGUGAAGAAAGACAAGAAAUCAUUCAGUGAGGAUCUUCCAAUUUAUUCAGGUUACAUAAUUCUAAGCUUCAUUCUCCUGCUUUUCUUAGUCUAUAAAUGUAUGAGGAAAUGCCAGACAAAAGAAAAAGCAUUGGUUGCUGAAAAGAAGGACAUGGCAGAAGAUACUAGUGGUGAUAACAACAAGGCUAGUGAAACUUCAAUUUCCAUUAAUGGAUCUAAGAAUUGGCUGAAUGGGUUUAAAUCCGAGUGUUCGUUGACAUCAUUGGAAAGUGGGAUGACUACAUCUGGUCUUGUUCUUUUUUCGAGUCGGAGGCUGAGAGGGAUGCAAUUUGAGGACUUGCUUAGUGCUCCUGCUGAGUUGAUUAGGAGAGGAAAACAUGGAAGCCUCUACAAGGUUAUGCUUGACAAUGGGAUGGUGUUGGCAGUGAAGAGGAUCAAGGAUUGGGGAAUUUCGAAGCAGGAUUUUCAGAGAAGGAUGAACAUGAUAGCAGAUGUGAAGCAUCCACUUGUCAUGCCACCUGUCGCAUACUAUUGCUCUCAGCAAGAGAAGCUUCUGGCAUAUGAGUUUCUGCAGAAUGGUAGCCUCUUCAUGUUACUCUAUGGAUCUCAAAGUGGGAACUCUCUUGACUGGGGAAGCAGACUAAAUGUUGCUGCAAAGGUAUCUAAGGCUUUGGCAUAUAUGCAUGAGGAGCUCAGUGAGAGUGGAAUAGCACAUGGUAACUUAAAAUCAAGUAACAUUUUGUUUGACAAGAAUAUGGAUCCGCGAAUAAGCGAAUAUGGCCUAAUGGUAGCUGAAGAUGACUCCAUUUCUCGUAAGAAAAGUCGGGAUAACAGAAACCCGAUUGCAGCCACCUUCAAAGCUGAUGUAUAUGCCUUUGGUGUGAUGCUUCUGGAGCUGCUUACAGGGAAAGUAGUUAAGAAUGAUGGAUUCGAUCUGGUUCAAUGGGUGGAUUCAGUGGUCAGAGAGGAAUGGACUGUGGAAGUUUUUGACAAGUUCCUAAUCUCACAAAGUAUUUCUGAAGAGAGGAUGAUGAACUUGUUGCAGAUAGCAUUAAAAUGCAUAAGUGCUUCUCCAAAUGAUAGGCCAAGUAUGAGUCAAGUUGCAGUGAUGACAAAUGCAUUGAAAGAGGAAGAUGAAAAAUCCAUAUCAUUUGACACAUGACCCAGAGUUUAGUUACCAUGGACUUCUCUGUAGCUUGGAAAUACUCUAGUUUUCGUUACUUCCAAACAUACCAUGAUCAGUACCCAUUGAUAUGGGAUUUUAAUUAAAAGGGUAAAGGAUUAGAAGAUUUUCUGCAAUUUUAAUUAGCUAGAGUAUCUCUUCUUUGGAAAGUAUGGACUGGCUUUAUAUUUUCCAAAGCUUGUCUGUUAUUACUUUAUGCAUCUCUGUAGUGAAAUUUGU